CACCAUGCCCAGCCCAGAUAAACACUUACAGUCACUCUGUAGUUCCAGAGGGUGACUUGAAGUAGGGAGACAGGCAGUGCCUGGAGGGACAUGGGUCAGGUAUGCUGACCCCCAUUCACCCAUCGGAAGUUGGCUCGAGGGUCCCCUUCUCAAGGUGGCCUUCCCCAGCUGCCCUGCCUCUGGCUUUCAGAGCCCCGUGUGCCCCUCCUUCGUGGCUCCCGGCACAAUUGCAAUUGAACACUCCCGGGUGAUGACUUAAUGACUGCCUGUCUCUCCCACCAGACCAGGGUUUCUCAGCCUUGGCACAGUUGACAUUUGGGGCUGGAUAAUUGGUUGAGAGGGGUCACCUGUGCAAGUCGAAUGUUGAGCGGCAUCCCUGGCCUGGAUAAGCCUGAUGCCAGAAGCAUCCCCCAGUCGAGACAACCAGACUGUCUCUACCCAUGCCAGGUGUCCCCUGAGAGAUGGAGUCGCCCCUGGCUGAGAACCACUGCUGGGGAUUAUGGCAGGAAAAGUAAAAUGGGUCACUGAUAUCGAGAAGUCAGUGCUGAUCAAUAACUUUGAGAAGAGAGGAUGGGUCCAAGUGACAGAAAACGAGGAUUGGAAUUUCUACUGGAUGAGCGUGCAAACCAUCCGAAAUGUGUUCAGUGUCGAAACUGGAUAUCGGCUCUCAGACGAUCAAAUAGUCAACCAUUUUCCAAACCACUAUGAACUGACCCGGAAGGAUCUGAUGGUGAAGAACAUCAAAAGAUACAGGAAGGAGCUAGAGAAAGAAGGGAGUCCCCUGGCAGAAAAAGAUGAAAAUGGAAAAUACCUCUAUCUGGACUUUGUUCCCGUCACCUACAUGCUGCCCGCUGACUAUAAUCUGUUCGUAGAGGAGUUCCGGAAGAGCCCGUCCAGCACCUGGAUCAUGAAGCCUUGUGGCAAGGCCCAGGGAAAGGGCAUCUUCCUAAUCAACAAGCUCUCACAGAUCAAAAAGUGGUCCCGGGACAGCAAGACGUCUUCGUUUGUGUCUCAAUCUAAUAAAGAAGCCUACGUGAUCUCUCUCUAUAUCAACAACCCUUUACUUAUUGGCGGGAGGAAGUUCGACCUGCGCUUGUACGUUCUGGUGUCUACGUACCGUCCGCUGCGCUGUUACAUGUAUAAACUUGGGUUUUGCCGGUUUUGCACAGUGAAAUACACCCCGAGUACCAGUGAGCUGGACAACAUGUUCGUUCAUCUCACCAACGUUGCCAUCCAGAAACAUGGGGACGACUACAACCACAUCCACGGGGGCAAGUGGACAGUCAGCAACUUGCGGCUCUACUUGGAGAGCACCCGCGGCAAGGAGGUGACCAGCAAGCUGUUUGAUGAGAUCCACUGGAUCAUCGUACAGUCCCUGAAGGCCGUGGCGCCGGUGAUGAACAAUGACAAGCACUGCUUUGAAUGCUAUGGCUACGACAUCAUUAUUGAUGACAAGCUGAAACCCUGGCUGAUCGAGGUGAACGCGUCCCCAUCUCUCACCUCCAGCACUGCCAACGAUCGAAUCCUCAAGUAUAACCUGAUUAACGACACCCUCAACAUUGCCGUCCCCAACGGCGAAAUUCCAGACUGCAAAUGGAACAAGUCGCCCCCAAAGGAAGUCCUUGGCAAUUACGAGAUUCUGUACGAUGAAGAACUGGCCCAGGGUGACGGGGCCGACCGGGAGCUGAGAAGUCGUCAGGGCCAGUCUCAGGGGCCCAGGGCAGGCCGAUCGAGAGACUCAGGGAGAGCCGUUCUCACUACCUGGAAGUGACUCCAACCCGGACCUUAUCAAAAUGACUCACUCCCCUGGGCCCCUGCUGAAGCCCUGUUUUGAAAUUUUCCUUUUCUAGAGCUUUUUUCCUUUCCUAAGCCCUGUAAAUAAAUGAAAGCACUUCUUUGCAAAGUUAUGGAGUCUGUUUCACUAGUGCUGAAGGAACCAA